AUGUCCAGUAAAGCUGAGAUAAAUAACACAGAAGAAAUUUAUGAAGUCAAAGAACUUCCUGGUGAUGAGUUGGAGUUCAUCAACCCGAAGCCAAAAGAGCCAGUAAUAAGAGAGAUUGUAUAUUACAGAGUUAUUGAAAGGCCGUACAAAGAGAAGGAACGUCCCAAGGGUACAACUCCGGAUGAAGCACCAGAUUUUGAUGAAUCCGUUCGUCCCUUUACAAAUGGACAAGGCUAUCAGUUCUUGGAUUGGGGACCAGAGGAAACUCACCCAGUUUCUGUAGAAGAUAGAACUCCUAAAGACAAUAAGCAAGAUACAAAUGAGAAAUCUAUUACGAAUAGACCUAUUACAAACAAUGACAACUCAGACAAUCAGAUUGAAGAGAAUCACAGUAUUGACAGUUCGGGUAAAAAGGAAAAUGUUAACGAACAAGAAGCGAAGAAAGAAACUGACUCCAAUAAACCUAACGAGGAAACACAUCCAGCUACCGUAGAAAUAGAAACUGCAAAAUCAAAUGAAGUGCUAUAUUCUAAUAAUAAUAAUAUUUUGACUCGAAAUGGUACAUCAGAGAACUCAGACAAAGGUGGAGAAACAAAACCAGAUGAAGAAAUGAAGAAGAAAAGUACUGACAAUUCUGCUGAUAAGAAAUCAUUAACAAGACGAAAAAGAGAUACCAAUAGCACGCCGGACAUACCUCCAGCGCCUACACUGCCAGACUUCGAUGUUGACACCCUACCCGGAUAUUUAAGGAGUGUUUAUGAAAAAUCACCGUAUUUUAAGAAUCAAAAUGCGAAUGAUCUUAAUGAAAACAGCAUAGCAGAUACUACUUCCUACGAUACAAAAUCAUCGAAUGAAUAUAACGGAGAAACACUGUCCCACGAUAUAAACCAAAAUAAUAAGCCAAGACAUCAUAAUAUUCAGCCAGGCAACACACGCGAAGAGAAUAAUGAACUGAUUGAGCGAUUUGACGAUAUGUUUAGUAACUUACCAAAUACAUAUUCAAGCAAACCUAAAACAUAUGGAAUGGAUUUAAAAGGAGAUCAGGGAAUUGUUUGGAAUAACAUUGCAACACCAAGCCAAUAUGUAACCAACGCUGCAAUAAAAGUCACCUCAAAAUCUGAGUCACAACAUGGUGAAGCGUCUUCUCACGACAGUAAAGAAAUAGAAAUACCUCCAGCACCAAAAAUUCUAGAGCCAAGACCCGAUGAAGAGGAAGUUCCACCAGCUCCAAUACUACCAGAACCAAGACCUAAUGAAGAAGAACUCCCAUUCACAAAGGCAUUAAUUAAAUUAAAAUCAAACAAUAAACUUGACAAUGACAACAAGGAAAGUUUAUUUCCAAUUCCAACGAAUCCAAAACCACAUAUAGAUUCAAAUACUUUGCCUUCUCAUGAAGUACCGAAUGAAAACUUAAACCACUCUGGAUUAUCAAGUGAAUCCCCUGAUUUGGUAAUAAAGAAUAAACAACCAUCUAAUGUGGACCCUUUACCUGAAAUAUCAGAAGAAAGUAAUAAUUCAAACGAAGAUUUAAAAGCAAAAAUGGAAAAAUCGUUUGAUAAUAUCAUCAAAAAACUUCCAAACUUUAAGCCAAUUCAGCCAAAAGAAUUAUCAUCACUUAUUUCCUCAUUGUCACACAGUGAGGCGAAAUUUAAAUCGACAAAAUUAUUGAAAAACAAAAUAUUAAACAAACGGUCAAAGUCAAAACGGCGUUAUAAAGUACUGUCAACAACACCGAAAACUUCGCAAAAUGAAGAAGCAAGUGAAACAACUGCGAAAUCACAAUUACGUACUGGACAAUUAAAUUUAGAGCAAACUGAUUUACCUGACGCUUACGGAAUGCACCUUAAUGGAGACCACGGCCAUGUCUGGGAUGAUUUAGACCCAAAGGAUGAAUUUUCUUACAAUGUUGGCAGUCAAGAAAAAAAUUUUGUGGAUCAUAAGAGAAAACCUACUUCCCCAAAUACUUUUGAAACUACAGAGUUAUCACUUAUUAGCGGUCAAACAACACCGAUUGCAAAAGUCGAUACAACAAAACCUUACAAUCACGCAGAAGCCACUACUGAAUCUACGAUUCGUGUUACUAUUCAAGAACCGAGUAACCAACCAAUCACAACUACAGCAAGUGUUAGUGAAGCAUCAACAAAUAAAAUGACCGGUACAAGCAUACCAAAUAAGAUAGUCAAUGUUAUCAACACUGAGUCUACAAUUGGCCAUAUCACUACCGUCACAGAACCUAACAUAGGUCCAACUGCAAUAACAGAAAGUAUUACGAAUGCAACAAUAAAUUCAAAGAGCAAAACGAUACCAAAUGAUGAAACAAGUACGAAAAAUGUUUCUACUGAACCUGAACCUGUAACCAAUACAGCCACAACGACGACUGAAAAUAUUAAGAAAAGCUCUACUAACCUGAAAUCAUCUACUACGCCUAAAACUGUACCAGAAAUAAUUUUAAGUACAUCACUAAAACCAGAAAUAGAAACUACAACGCUAUUUAUCGUCAGUUCAACUAAACCACAAAUAAAAAAGACGACCAAUAAAUCUGAUAUAUCUAAUAAUAGUACAGUUAGCACACCAGAAAAAAGUAGUGAUGUUCAAACAACUACCGAAGUGCAAAAUAAUAUAGAUUCACACGAUAAUCCCAAAAUUUCAAUUGUAAAUAACGAUGAAUCUGAAUUGAAUGCAUCAAACAAAUCAACAAAAGCAAAAUCACUGGAAAAAGAUAAAAAACACAAUAAGAAAAGCAAUGACGAUGAAAAAAUUAAAUUGGAAUUGAAUAAGUUAUUAAAAAAGAAGGUGUUUUGGAACUGGCUUUCAAACUGGACCACGGCUUAUUUAGAAGUAUUAAAAGAGCACGUAGAUGAACUUGUAAAAGAAGAAGUAGCAAUACAAAUACGUAAUAUAACUGAAGCUUUACAAAACAACUUGAAUGAAAGUACAGCUGCCGACCAAAACACUCCAACAUCAGAUGUGUCUGCGGAUAAAAUUACAAAUGAGAAGGAAAUUUCAAAAAUUAUAGACAAACGUUCAAUACCAUCAACUACAUCAGACAGUACAUCUAACCUAUCUAGUGCAUAUCAUACCACCACACCUAGACCAGAAGGUAAAACAACAACAGAAGCUUCAACUAGCACUACAACAGAUGAGCCGCAAGACAUGUCUAUCACUGAUAAGCCAUAUAAUAAGUCUAGCAUAACAAAUACAGACGACAAAUCAACGACAGCUAACCCAGAGAGUAGGUAUACUACAGCUAUGCCAGAGGACAAAAGUACCACAGAAAAACCGGAAAAGAAGUCUACUACAGCUAAGCCAGAUGACAAAUCGACCACAUCGACGCCAGAGAACAAGUCAACAACAGCUAAACUAGAGGACGAGUCUACUACAAUGAAGCCAGAGAAAACGUCUACCACACCUAGGCCAGAUGACAAAUCAACCACAUCUAAGCCAGAAGACAAGGCUACAAAAUCUAAGCCAGAAGACAAAAGUACCACAGAAAAACCGGAAAACAAGUCUACUACAGCUAAGCCAGAAGACAAGACUACAACAGCUAAGCCAGAAGACAAAAGUACCACAAAAAAACCGGAAAACAAGUCUACUACAGCUAAGCCACAAGACAAAUCGAUCACAUCGAAGCCAGACGACAAGUCAACGACAGCUAACCCAGAGAGUAGGUCUACUACAGCUAUGCCAGAGGGCAAAAGUACCACAGAAAAACCGGAAAAGAAGUCUACUACAGCAAACCCAGAAGAUGAAUCGACCACAUCGACGCCAGAGAACAAGUCAACAACAGCUAAUCUAGAGGACGAGUCUAAUAAAAUUAAGCCAGAGAAAACCACUACCACAGCUAGGCCAGAAGACAAGUCAACAACAGCUAAACUAGAGGACGAGUCUACUACAAAUAAGCCAGAGAAAACAUCUAACAAAGCUAGGCCAGAUAACAAAUCAACCACAUCUAAGCCAGAAGACAAGAUUACAACUGCUAUGCCAGAGGACAAAAGUACCACAGAAAAACCGGAAAAGAAGUCUACUACAGCUAAGCCAGACGACAAAUCGACCACAUCGACGCCAGAGAACAAGUCAACAACAGCUAAACUAGAGGACGAGUCUACUACAAUGAAGCCAGAGAAAACAUCUAACACAGCUAGGCCAGAUGACAAAUCAACCACAUCUAAGCCAGAAGACAAGACUACAACAGCUAUACCAGAGGACAAAAGUACCAUAGAAAAACCGGAAAAGAAGUCUACUACAGCUAACCCAGAUAACAAAUCGACCACAUCGACGCCAGAGAACAAGUCAACAACAGCUAAACUAGAGGACGAGUCUACUACAAUGAAGCCAGAGAAAACGUCUACCACACCUAGGCCAGAUGACAAAUCAACCACAUCUAAGCCAGAAGACAAGACUACAAAAUCUAAGCCAGAAGACAAAAGUACCACAGAAAAACCGGAAAACAAGUCUACUACAGCUAAGCCAGAAGACAAGACUACAACAGCUAAGCCAGAAGACAAAAGUACCACAAGAAAACCGGAAAACAAGUCUACUACAGCUAAGCCAGAAGACAAGAGUACCACAGCUAAGCCAGAAGACAAAUCGACCACAUCGACGCCAGAUAACAAGUCAACAACAGCUAAACUAGAGGACGAGUCUACUACAAUGAAGCCAGAGAAAACGUCUACCACACCUAGGCCAGAUCACAAAUCAACCACAUCUAAGCCAGAAGAUAAGACUACAAAAUCUAAGCCAGAAGACAAAAGUACCACAGAAAAACCGGAAAACAAGUCUACUACAGCUAAGCCAGAAGACAAGACUACAACAGCUAAGCCAGAAGACAAAAGUACCACAAAAAAACCGGAAAACAAGUCUACUACAGCUAAGCCAGAAGACAAGAGUACCACAGCUAAGCCAGAAGACAAAUCGACCACAUCGACGCCAGAGAACAAGUCAACAACAGCUAAACUAGAGGACGAGUCUACUACAAUGAAGCCAGAGAAAACGUCUACCACACCUAGGCCAGAUGACAAAUCAUCCACAUCUAAGCCAGAAGACAAGACUACAAAAUCUAAGCCAGAAGACAAAAGUACCACAGAAAAACUGGAAAACAAGUCUACUACAGAUAAGCCAGAAGACAAGACUACAACAGCUAAGCCAGAAGACAAAAGUACCACAGAAAAACCGGAAAAAAAGUCUACUACAGCUAAGCCGGAAGACAAGACUACCACAGCUAAGCCAGAAGAAAAAUCGACCACAUCGACGCCAGAGAACAAGUCAACAACAUCUAAAUUAGAGGACGUGUCUACUACAAUUAAGCCAAAGAAAACGUCUACCACAGCUAGGCCAAAUGACAAAUCACCAACAUCUACGUCAGAAGACAAGACUACAACAGCUAAGCCAGAAGACAAAAAUACCACAGAAAAACCGGAAAACAAGUCUACUACAGCUAAGCCAGAAGCCAAAUCGACCACAUCGACGCCAGAGGACAAGUCAACAAAAGCUAAACUAGAGGAUGAGUCUACUACAAUUAAGCCAGAGGUAAAGUCUACCACAGCUAGGUCAGAUGACAAGUCAACCACAUCUAUGCCAAAUGACCAAUCUACAACAACUAAGCCAGAAGAUUCAACCACAGUUGCACCAGGUGAUAAAGCAACCACAGCGAAACCAGAGGAAAAGUCUACUACACCUAAACCAGAUACAAAGAGAUAGUCAAACAUUUCUUGAUCUUAGUAGAUUGAUUAAUUAGUUUUUAUUUCCAUGGUGCUGUCAUGUACAUUAUGCUGCAUAAUCAUUGACGUACUAUAAACAACUAAACUCCCAAUCGCAUAUUAAAAGGUCGUCAAAAAUGUCUUUGAAACUUUGACAGAUAACAUUAAAACAUUCAUUCAAAUUAACACCUUAAUUCGCGGCAUUAAUGUUCAAAGUCUAUCGUAUACGUUCAUAAGAAGCUCAUUUAUUAUGGGUGCGAAAUGUGCGACAGAGAAGUCUUUGCGUGGCGUUAUAUUCAAAGCGCACAAUUAAACAAAAUCUCUGCCUGAUCGACGCGUAAGCAGAGUUUGUUUCAGACAAUUAUUGAGCGUAAUUGUGGGGCUAGUUGAUUAUUGUACGUCAAUGUGCAUUAUAUAUUUUGUAAAUAAAUAUUUCUGUAUAUUUUAAAA